UUUGCUCCAGAUUGCGAGUAUGAGAUUCCAGUGGGCCCUUGUGUUGGUGCUGCCAUGGAUAGUGCUUGGGAAGAAGCAUAAGCAGUCUGUGUUUCGCUUGACCAAUGGCGAGCCCGAUGUCAAAAAGAAAGAGAAGGCAUUCGAGGAGACUGUUGCCAAUGCACGAUUUGCCUUGGUGAACUUCAAUUCGUUUCUUACGUAUGAGAUUCGGAGAAUUGAAUCGUUUGUUUGCGUUCUGUUGGUUUUAAACACACAUAAUAUAAUAUAUCCACAUAUAUAUAGCUGUAUACUGAUUUGUCAUAUGCAUUGAUUGAGUUCAACUGAUCACCGCCUCAGCUUAAACAGUUGGCUGAAAAUUUGCGGUCAGGUUCAGACCUUCUUGCAAGGAAUGUGCUGAGUUGGAGACCUCAAUGAAGGAGGUGGCCAAGAAGCUGAAGAAGAAAGGAGUGGUUUGCGGCAUGAUGGACGGAGAUUUGGCUGUAAAUGUCGAGGCAAAGGACAAGAAUAAUGUCACUAGUUUACCCACUUUGGUCUUCUUCAGAAGUGGCUAUGGAAUAUCUAAGCAGGAAGGCUUUCAGUCAGCGAUGAGCAUUGAACAGUGGGUAAAUGCAGUUGCUGGCCCAGAGGUAGAAGUCUUUGAAAACCAAGCAGCGUUUGACAAGGCACUCAAGAAGCGCGAGACGCACGAAGUUGUAUUUGCGGCCAUUGGUGGUCCAAAGUUAAAGGAGCUUCUGGAUGUGGUUGCUCUGAAAGGCCACCGAGAUGGCUGGGGUUCUAAGAUUCGAUAUUUCUUCUGGUCAGAUGGAGGUAGGGGCAGGCCGUUUGCAGCUGUCUACCGUGGUCUCAAUGAAAUGGAGCACUUUGAUGCAGCCGGUCAAAUCAGUUCGGAGACCAUCGAAGAGUUCUUGAAGGAUGAAUAUGUGCCAAAGUUUUCACAGGUGACGGCAGCUGAUAUGAAUUCUGUGUUUGGAGCUGGCACGAAGGGCAACGUCUUUGUUUGCUUUGACCCAGCACGUUUCGAAGCCCAGGUGAAUAAGUACACCAAGGUCUUCGUGAAAGUUGCGAGAAAGUGGAAAGGAUAUGGCUUUUCCUAUUUCGACGCAAGUGAUCCUUUCAGCAAGAUCAUCAGCAUUGAGUGCCAGGAAUUCCCAGUAGUCACGUUGAAGCCACUGAGAAGGCCUUUUGCGAGCUACAACAAAUCCUUUGCUCACCUUGGAGAUGCGCUGAAUGAAAAGCAUAUCAACGAGUUUAUGAAAGAGUCAAUAGCCGCUCAUCGAAGUGCAGGAGCAGAACUGUAGCGGCUGUAGUACGGCUGUAGCGGCACAGAUGCUCAAAUUGUAUUUCAAUUAUUGUGUUUGUACACAGUGUUAGCUUCGAAGAAGCGCAUCGUUCCACAGACUGGUUCCUGUGUCUGCAUGUCAUCAAAGUUGGAAAUUGCUCGCAUUUGAUACGCAGCAUUGUUUCUUGUUGUGCAUGACCUGUUUGCAGCGUCUAUAACCAAACAAUCUUGCUGCAGCCUUUGAUUGUCAGCCUACAUGCACUGUUGCUA